AUGAAGGCUGCCAUGGAAGCCACGGCGAACCCGGCGAGGCAGGGCAGUGUGGCCCAGCCACACGCGGCCGAUGUGGAGAAGCUGCGCCAGCAUUGCGCUGUCAUGACGGCAGCUGUUGCGGAGCUGCAGCAGGUCCUGAGCCAAGAUACCAGGACAGCCGAGACCUCUGAUGGUGGCACUGGCGGCUGCUUCGUGCCAAAAUCGCAGAAUUCAAGUGCCAACGCCGUCCAAGCGAAGCUGCGAUCAGACGCCGAAGUCCUACAGCUAGAGGAGACUUGCCAAAAGCUGAAGGACGAGGUCGCUAGCCUAGAGGGCCAAGGUGCCAGGGCUGACGACUUGGAGGAGGUCGCUGCCUCGCUUCGGCGGCGUGUGGCGGAGCUUCGGGCGGAAGAGGCCAAAGCUGCAGCUCUCCGAAACGAAUGUCGUGAGCUCCGCUUCCAGAUUGCCGAGCUGGUUGCUUCCGUGGUCGACGAUCCGGCGGCUGAGAGGGAGGAGCUAAGGGCUCGACUCCAGGGCCUGUUUUUCUUGGACCCUUCUUGGAUUGACCGGCCAUAUGCCGGACCAUUCAGCGACCCAAACUUGACGCUGCAGGAGAUUGCAGACAAAGCGCCCGGCCCCAGCACGAGCAAAGCCAAUGCACUCCAGCAGCAGAUCGACGAGAAUGCCGGGCGUCAAAAGGCCGAGCUACGCUCUGCGAUGGAAGCCAGGCACAGAGAGGUUGAGCAGCACGCGCAGUCGAUUCUACGGCACGCCGUGCAAUCCAUCGAGGCUCGAAAAACGAGCCAGCUGCAGUUGAUUGAGCGCCAGCGGGCACAGGAGGAGGCGGCCGCGCGCCGCGAUGCGGCGGAAGCCAAGAAGCUCAUCGACCUCGAGAUGCAGAGAGCUUUGGCUGCCCUGGGUGUGAGCCACACCCACCAGUGGAUGGGCCCGACUGGCGUGACCCCUGGCCUGCCGCCCUAA